AUGAAGCCCGCAGACGUCGACUCGCCGGUCUUCGUCACAGCCUACCGAAAUGUGUUAUAUACUUCUUCACUAGCCUCCUCCGCAACGGCCUCCUCGGUCUCGGUCGAGCGGAAGCACAACUUCGUCGACAAUCUUGUCGAUUCUUCCACUCAGAUCGUCGAGGCCAUCUGGCCAACGUCUUCUGUGGUAUGCCGCGAAGAGGCUAGCAACUCGAGCGUCUUGCCUCUGCGGACCUUUAUUCAAGAGACCCUGCGCCGUUCUCGGACAAGCUACUCGACUUUGCAGGUCGCACUUUACUAUUUAGUUUUGAUCAAGGACCACCUCCCAGAUCGCGACUUCACCAUGGAGCAGACAGAUGACUGCCAUGCCAGUCGCGCUCUUCAGUGUGGCCGCCGAAUGUUUCUCGCGGCUCUGAUCCUGGCUUCGAAAUACUUGCAGGACAGGAACUACUCGGCUCGCGCCUGGAGUAAGAUCUCCGGUCUCGCUACCCACGAGAUCAACCAGAACGAGAUGGCGUUCCUUCUCGCGGUCAACUGGAAUUUGCACGUCACCGAGGAGGUGUACAACCGCUGGACUGACUGCGUCAUGAAGUUUACGCCGUCCCAGCCGCCAUCGCCCGGAUCUGGCGUUGCCCUCGUGGAGUUCGAGCAUCAAUGCGAGGACUUCAAGAGGAUCAUACUCCAGUUGAACGCCGAUUUGGACAAUUUGGAAGACAUCGUGUCAAUGGGCGGAUUCACUCCUGCGCCUUCCAUGAGCCCGAGGUCACUAUCGCCGCGAUCAGUCCUGGCUGCAGCCCAGGACAAACCGGGGCGAUAUGACUGUGCCACGCCAACCCCGAGAGCUUACACCACCCCCAACACCAUGGAACCCGCGCCAUCACCAGCUCAUACCGUUGUGCGGCUACCGCCAACCUUUGGGCUACUUCCUACUCCACGUCUCACCCCGCAGCCCAAUGGAAAGGUGGCCAACUACGUCUUCACCACAGAACUACUACACGGCAACCCGUCGGUCUUCUCUUGCAAACUCAGUCUCAACACCAUCUUCACCCGAGUCAAUGAUUUCGGACACGUCCCGAACGUCUCGUUCCUCCUCAAUUUCAUCGGCGUCAUCGCUUACCAGCGCGCCGCACACCAAGUUGGAUGUGCUGGCGCGCUGCCGUUCUGCGAAGCUGUGUAG